AUGUGUACGUAUUGCCGAACGAUUUCGACGGCGGUGCCUUAUUCCGACCAUCAUACAGUUAUCAUAGGUGCAACAAGUGAAAUUCGAAUCAUCAUCUCAAAAUCAAGAUCAGCAGUUGUCAAAGGCAGCCGCGAAAUUUUAGCAGCUUCACAUCGUUUCCUCGCCGCCGCUUCGUUGAUCUCCGCAUUCAAGGAUUGGCUUCCGUCAGAAAAUGACCGAUAUCACUCGCGAAAUCCAUGCAACUCGAUAACUUUGGUGAUUCGUGAUAGGCUCGUGCCGGAGCUCAUGGAAGAAGUUACAAUUCUGAAAUCCAACAAUGUGAGUUAUUGGGAGGAUGAGAGAUUCGGAGCUGAGGAGGCUUCGGAGUUGACUCUAAAGCGGCAAGACAGAAAGCAUUCCGAUCCGAACGGAAUAGCGAGUUCAAAGCCUAGUAGGUAUCAUCUUCGUGAAUUCCGCCCGGAUAACCGCUGCCGCUGGCUCGUGCCAGUGCGGAAUCGCCUGUUACUCCCGUCGCCAAACUUGCUGCCGAUUCUCGCUUGCAGUCGGGACGGAUGCGUCGAAAUGUUUGACGAUCAGGGUGACCAAGUGGCACCGCCUAAAAUCAAUCCCCGCAGCGCUGGCGUUAAGGGCCAAUGGGCCUCCCGAGGUCGGAAUUUGGGGGGUCCGGCGCCCCCCAGCCGGUGCUUAAGGCCGCCUGGGGGCCCUAAAAGCGGCAACAUGACAAAUCGGCGUGAUAUAAGCCCAGUCCGCCCGGGGAGUGUGGAUGCAGGCGCACAGCACGAAGCUCAAUAUAUGCAGGGCUCACAGGACAAUCUCCCUUCGACGUCAUACUCGUCAUUCUCGGAGAAGAAGCAAACCGAUACGCCCAAAGCCGCAUCUACCGACCUUUUGGAAUACCUGCCAAUUACCCAUGCCGAUGAGGAAAAAGAUCCCUUCCAAGCAUGGAUAUCCGCCAACCAGCUCAAGGGCUACAGCCAAAGCUCCAUUAGCUGGAUAUUCGGCGUUUAUGCCUUUCUAAUGUUCUUUGGAGGUCUUCAAAUUGGCCCCGUAUUUGAUGCUAAAGGUCCCAAGAUGCUUGUUAUUGCUGGCACAAUUACAUGCGUUCUUAGCGUCGCUCUUCUGGGUUCAUGUCAGCAGUACUGGCAUUUCAUGCUCGUUUAUGGUAUCCUUGGAGGUAUUGGAAUCUCACUUGUCUUUACGCCGGCAGUCGCCAGCCCCGGGCAUUUCUUUUUCCGUUUACGAGGCCGUGCCACUGGUCUCGCCGCGACCGGUGGGAGUGUGGGAGGAAUCGUCUAUCCUCUCAUGCUUGACAAUCUAUAUCCUAAAAUAGGCUUUGCAUGGGCCACUCGCGCUGUGGCAUUGGUCUCUCUCGUCACCAUGACCGUUGGCUGCAUCCUCAUCAAAUCUCGAUUGCCCAAAAAACGUGCAACUAAGGAAAAUAUUCUUCCCGAUUUACGUAUCCUGAUGGAACCGGUAUUCGCAUUUACUACGGCGGGGAUAUUUUUCAUUGAAUGGGGCCUCUUCAUCCCAAUUACUUUCAUGACAUCUUAUGCCCUCUAUCAUGAUAUGCCGCGCGGGUUAUCAUUUCAAUUACUCGCCUUUCUUAACGUCGGCUCGUUUUUUGGUCGAUGGAUUCCUGGAUUCACUGCAGACUAUAUGGGACGGUUCAACACCAUGAUUGCAACCGUUUUACUCUGCCUUCUAACUACCGCCUGCUUAUGGCUACCCGCCGGCAACAGCAUUUCCAUGAUGAUUGUUUACGCGCUACUCUUCGGGUUUGCCAGCGGUAGUAACAUUAGUUUGACACCGGUUUGCGUUGGGCAAGUGUGCAAAACAGAACAUUAUGGUCGAUAUUAUGCAACGGCAUAUACUGUUGUCAGUUUUGGAACCCUGACCGGAACACCUAUUGCCGGUUCGAUCCUAACCCGUAAUGGCGGCGAUUACUGGGGCCUCAUUACGUUUACCAGCUGUUGCUACUUUGCUGGGCUUGUCUGCUUUAUUAUUGCUAAAGUCCUUCGGGUCGGAUGGAACCCCCUGACUAUCGAUUAA